AUGGACAUCGAAAACGGCACCGUUUCCAUUGGGACGAGCAAACAAAACAAUAAAAUCUCGACAGGAAUAACCGGCUGGUUGAAGAAUGCGGCGCUAUGCCAACCUCACUGGAUAGAUGAUCGCUUUGUCGAUCUUCGCAGUCCGAAGGAAGCCAAAGCCCGCCCCUACAGGAACAUGGAUAUAUAA